AUGUCAUUACCCCCGUUCAACUGCCGCAUUCUCGCGGCGGCGUUGGCCCUCUAUCUCAUCGGUCUGUUCUGCGUUGGUGCCGGCGGCGAUGCCAAAAUUCCUGGCUGCUCCAAUGCAUUUCAAAUGGUCAAGGUUGAGAAUUGGGUUGAUGGAGAAAACGGUGAAGCUUUUACUGGCAUGACUGCUCAGUUUGGUGCAAUUCUUCCUUCUGAUAAAGACAAAGCUGUUAAACUGCCGGUUGUUCUUACCACUCCUUUGAACAGUUGUUCCAAUUUAACCUCAAAGCUAUCUGGUUCUAUUGCGUUAUCUGUACGUGGCGAAUGUACUUUCACGGCUAAGGCUCAAGUUGCACAGUCAGGAGGAGCUGCAGCUUUGGUGUUAAUAAACGACAAAGAAGAGCUGGAUGAGAUGGUUUGUAAUGAGAAAGAUACCUCCUUAAAUGUUUCUAUACCUGUUUUGAUGAUUAAAACGUCAGCUGGAGAUGCCCUGAAGAAAUCCAUUAUGCAAAAUCAAAAAGUGGACAUUUUAUUGUAUGCUCCAAAAAGCCCAGUAGUGGAUUAUGCAGUGGCAUUCCUCUGGCUAAUGUCUGUUGGAACAGUGUUCAUUGCUGCUGUUUGGUCACAUGUCACCAGUCCUAAGAAGAACGAAGACCAGUACGAUGAAUUAUCACCAAAGAAAUCUUCAGAUGAUGCUUCCAAAGCUGACGCGGAAGAGGAAACUCUUGAUAUCAGUGCUAAGGGUGCUGUUAUCUUUGUCAUAUCAGCGUCAACAUUCCUCAUUCUGCUCUUCUUCUUCAUGUCAUCGUGGUUUAUCUUGAUUCUGACCAUAUUUUUCUGCAUUGGUGGUGUGCAGGGAAUGCAUACUAUCAUCACUACCCUCAUAACAAGGAGAUGCAAUAAAUGUAGCCGGAAGAAUGUGAAAGUCCCUCUGUUUGGGGAUGCCUCGAUUCUCUCACUCGUGGUUCUGUUAUUCUGCUUUGUGGUUGCUGUCGUAUGGUUUCUGAAGCGCAAAGCUUCGUAUGCAUGGGCCGGCCAAGAUAUUUUUGGUAUUUGCUUGAUGAUAAACGUCUUGCAAGUGGCUCGGCUACCUAAUAUCAGGGUUGCUACCAUUCUUCUAUGUUGUGCAUUUGUCUAUGACAUAUUUUGGGUAUUCAUAUCACCACUAUUCUUCAAGCAAAGUGUAAUGAUAGCGGUUGCUCGUGGGAGCAAAAACACUGGAGAAUCUAUUCCCAUGCUUUUGAGAAUUCCUCGGAUUUCUGAUCCAUGGGGUGGUUACAACAUGAUCGGUUUUGGAGACAUUCUUUUCCCAGGUCUUCUCAUAUGCUUUAUUUUCAGAUAUGACAAGGAAAAUAACAAGGGAUGCUCGAAAGCAUAUUUCCCAUGGUUGAUGUUUGGCUACGGACUUGGCCUUUUCUUAACAUACUUGGGAUUGUAUAUUAUGAACGGUCACGGUCAGCCUGCAUUGCUCUACCUCGUCCCUUGCACACUCGGAAUCACGGUCAUACUCGGAUUGGUGAGGAGAGAACUCAGAGAUUUGUGGAACUACGGGACUCAACAGCCUUCAGCUUCAGAUGUAAAUCCAACUCCAGAAGCAUAG